GGGAACGUAUGAAAAUAAAGAAAACAAGUGUCUCCAUCUAACUAUCAACAGGUUGAUUCGUUCAACGGGAAAGUGUCAAUUUAAUGAUUUACUUUAAUUGUUGGUCAGGAAAUUUUUUCAUUCUUUUAAUUGUUACGCAUUUUGUUGGCUGUAAGGUUAAUAGUGAAGUGGAAUUUUGGAUUGUGUACAAUUACUACUUACAUUGGGCGGAGAGAAAACUAAAAAUGUCCUGUUGUCAAUUUUUCACUGAUUCUCCUAAACCAUUGAUUGGACCAUCGAUUUUAAAUUCUAAUCUUGCCUCACUUGCUGAUGAAUGUGAAAAAUUAUUAAAAUUGGGAGCUGAUUAUCUUCAUCUUGAUGUUAUGGAUGGACAAUUUGUUCCUAAUUUAACCUUUGGUCAUCCGGUUGUUAAAUGUUUACGAUCUCAACUAGGAAGUAAACCUUUUUUUGAUAUGCAUAUGAUGGUCGCUUCACCGGAGAAAUGGAUUGAACCAAUGGCCGAUGCCGGUGCGAAUUUAUAUACUUUCCAUCUUGAGGCCACUGGCGAUGUUGAAACGAUCAUCAGGAAAAUUAAAGAAUCAGGAAUGAAAGUUGGAAUUGGAAUCAAACCGGCUACUUGUGUUGAAAGUGUUCUUCCUUAUGUACCUCAAGUUGAUAUGAUUCUUGUGAUGACAGUUGAACCAGGAUUUGGUGGGCAAAAGUUUAUGGAACCAAUGAUGGAGAAAAUUAAAUUGCUUAGAGAACAAUUUCCAAAAUUAAAUCUAGAGGUAGAUGGAGGUGUUGGCCCUUCAACCAUUGAAAUUUGUGCGAAAUCAGGAGCCAACAUGAUUGUAUCCGGAACAGCAGUAAUUAACUCACCCGAUCCAGAGAAAGUGAUGAACACAAUGAGAGAAAUAGUCAAAUCACACAAUUAAAAACCAAAAUCAAUUCUACCCCAAAAGAUAAAACAAAUACAGAAUCAAGUUUACAAUUAAUAGUCAACAGACAAAAUUAAUUAUUUUGAAUAGAAUUUUUGUUUUCCAAACAAAAAAAGAAAACAAUAUUUCCAAAAAAAUGUAAACACAAUUACUUUUAAAAGAACAUAUUCCAAACAUUAUGAUGAUCACGCCAAUUGUUGGAAAAUUUUUAAAAAUGGAAAAUAUUACAAAUUAAUUGCUAAGAAUUAAAUUAAGUUGAUUGAAAAAAUUGAGAA